AGUAAACAUGGCUGUGUGACUGAUAAACUGAGAGCAGGAAGUUUUUUGUUAUGUUUUGCCAAAAAGAAUAACCAGUGCUUAGAUCAGAGACACAGUAGGACCAAACUAUAUAUGGAACCAUAUAUAUUGUUAACAAGUAUUCUAUCUGUGACUUAUUACAUAGAGAAAAUCGACUGAAAUGCCGGGGCGGCCACUGGGGUUAGAACUGGGGACGAUUUCUUCCUCACCUGGCACAAUAAUUUCGGUUGUAAUCAUAUUUGCCUUGCUGUGCCCUACACAAGUGCCAUAUGCUGCCUCAGCGGGGAUACCAGCUGGUUGCCACACCCAGACGUACAAUCACAUCACCCAGGGGCUGAUCCAGAGUGCCAACUAUCCUUUUAACUACUCCAGUUGUGAGGCUUGGAUGAUACAGUCUGAUGGCCUGAACAUCACCAUCAGCUUUGAAGACUUAGACCUGCCAAAGGCCAGCAAUGGCAGCUGUAUAGACUUUCUCCAAAUUGGACCCUUGCCUACGACCAAAUUCUGUGGGAAACUAGAUGACCCGAUUCCCAAGGUGUACAUUUCACAGCGCAGUCAUGUCUGGAUGUACCUUCAUUCAAGCCCUGGGCGCUCACAGUCCAGGGGGAGGGGCUUCUCUCUGAGAUAUCUUACCAGAUCAAAUAGAUGUGACGGCAGUCAGUUUCGCUGUGGAAACGGAGCCUGUAUAUUGGAACGGUGGCGAUGUAACUCUUGGAAUGAGUGUGGAGACGGAAGUGAUGAAGUGAACUGUAGCGGAGGCAUUAUAAAGCCCACACCGCCUCCCCCUUGUGGCAAGGGGACAUUCCUGUGCCGGAAUACUCAGGAAAAAUUCACCUGUUUCAACAACUUACAGAUAUGUGAUGGAACUAGAAACUGUCAAGAUGGGAGUGAUGAGGAGAAUUGCGCAGGUUCGACAUGCAAACACAUCAUGGAUCUAGCUCUCCCUGGGACCAGCUCUAUGGCAAGCUGUAACGGCACCCUGACCAGCCCAAACUAUCCACAGCCUUACCAAGCUGAUCAAACCUGUGACUGGCUCAUACAGGCACCUGCCGGGAAAAAAAUACAGCUACGUUUCCAAGCGUUUGACCUUCAUGAGGACAUCAAUGCAGAGUUUGUGACAGUUUACGAUGGUCGUGAUGAGAGGAGUGGUGUAUUAGGGAAAUACACAGGAACUGGGAUCUAUAAACCUCCGAAAGUGAUAGAAACCAGUUCCAAUGAGUUGUUUGUGAAGUUUGUGAGCUCUCCUGAUUAUUCCAAACCAAGGGACGGGUUCCUAGCUAGAUAUCAGAUAAAGGGGUGUUGCAUUGGUCAGCAGGAGAAGUGUUUUCAAGAAGAAGACUGCUAUGAACCAGAGGACCGCUGUGAUGGCACUUGGCACUGCCAGCUACAUGGAGGGGAUGAGAGACAGUGUUCAGCAAGCUGUUCAGGAGAUCGUCACUUUUCUUGUGGACACAAGACGACAUCUUGCUACUUAGAGAAAGAACGCUGCGACGGCACGGUUGACUGUAAGGUAGAUUUUGGUGAUGAAAGUAAUUGCGACCCCUUGAAAUGUGGUCCCCACAACGGCACCUUCCUGUGUAGAAACAAGAAAUGUAUCAAGGAGCGGUGGCAAUGUGACGGCACUGAUGACUGUCAAGACAACAGUGAUGAGGUCAAUUGUUCAUCUUUGCCAUCCCUAAGAGUCAUCAUUGCAGCUGUAAUUGGCUCACUUAUAUGUGGGUUGCUGUUAGUUAUAGCACUGGGCUGUACCUGCAAACUAUAUGCUCUGCGUAUGAAUGAACAUUACGGGACCAGGAAUGAGACCCCCAUGACACGCCUUCAGGAACUCUUCAAUGCUCGCCCUCCUCCCCCCAACUACGAUCGCGCAAUGGUAACAUCACGCCCAUACGACGAAGUUCAGCAGGAGAUGCGGGCACAACUACAGGCUGCUCAAGAAGCAACAGAACAGCCAAGUGCCACAGGUGGAGGGGGCAGCACUAUACAAGAUGGGAAUGCUAGUUCCAAUACGAGUUCUGCAAAUUCGUCAAACAACGCACAGCACAGAGACAUGCUUUUAGUUUUUCCAGAUUCAACAAGCAGUGACUCGGACUCGGAAACUGAACUAGGAAGGCGCAUGAACCAAGUUAAUAUCUCUUUAGAUUCAGACAUCCAGGCAAGGUGGAGAAGGAAAAGGAAGAGUAGAACUAGAAGAGGAAAUGGAGGUGGAUCAAGUAGGGAUUCAGCAAGUCAAGCAUCUGGCAAUCCAGCAGGAUCGUCGAGGCAGGACCCAGGAAGGGGUGACCCAGAUCCAAAUAGGACAGACGCCUCUAGUUUGUUAUCUGCAGGCGAUACUGCCAGCACCUCCACUUGUACAGAUAGUGUGAUAGUCUCCAUGUGUGAAGACAACCCCAAGCCAGACACAAGUACAAUACAAACAAACCCAACUGAAGGGGGCGCUUGUGACCUAACUGCUCAAGAUGAACCAAACCAAUGUGUUACACCCAACAUUUUAACAAAUCAGAAUGGUGAGGCAGUUGCCAGUGAGAGCUGCCAAGCCAACUCUAGUAACAUUGUCAGUGACUCAUCCAGUGAAACAGCUUUAUUACACAGCCUUGGUGCAAAUGCUGAUGAUGACCUUCCAUCUAGUUCUGAUCUUUCUUCGUAUAGCCCAACACAGUCAGCUGAAGAGAGCCAUGGUCCAUUAUCUCACUCAGAGACAAGUUACCAGUCAAGACCCAACCAUGGAACAAUGGCAGAGGAUGAGGCAGCCACCCAUCUCCUUGCUCCUGAUGAUUUUGACUGUGAUGAUGAUGAUGUCCCACUGUUAGCAUAAAGAUGAAUAAGAAUUUUUGUAGAUUUUAGGAGGAAAGGUUUUAUUUGUGCUUAUUGUUAUCAUUAUUAUUAUUAU